AUGGCACAACUAUCUGGGUCUGAGGACAAGGACCCCAUCUACGGGGAAAUCAGCCUGAAAGCCUCCAUUUGGAAUGCGAAAUAUGCCAUGGCUGAACCACACAGGCCAGAGAGACCCUCAAACCCCGAUCGCCUGUGGAUCUGGGAGAAGAAUGUAUACUUGGAUGAGUUUCGUCGAAGCUGGCUGCCCAUAGUCAACAAGAAUAAUGGCAAACUCCAGGUGACCUUUCGCCAGGAAGACAUCCCCUUGGGGCAUGGUAUGACACCUUCACAGCUGAAGCCAUAUGAGCUGCCUUUAAUGUGGCAACUAUACCCAGGGGAUCGGUACCGAAGCAGUGACUCCAGGUUCUGGAAAAUAGUGUACCACGUCAAGUCCAAAGGGGUGGAGGACAUGUUACUUGAAGAGAUGGACUCUGACGAUGAAUAA